AUGGCGCAGGAGAUUCAUGAGUUUCUGCAAACGGACCUUCUUCAUGAUGAUCUUAAUGAUCUUGCUCCCUUUAUGUGGCUACUCGCCGUUCAGAAGAGUGAGCAUGUAUCUCGGAUGCACGAGCAGCUGGUUCGGGGAAGACGCAUAAUCCUCACCGAAGACCCUGGUCGGCACUUGUUAUGGUAUUACGAUCGUGUUUUCAUCAAGCCGCUACCAACGUACCUCACAAACUAUGCAUUCUGGAAACGGUUUUUGUGUGACGACGGGAUUCGUGACUUGGAAAAAGGAAAGGAAGUGCGGAAGGCCGCCUUGGGCUUCGUCAGAUCAUACGCAUUCCUUAUCAAAUCUCUUUCCGAUAUCGAAAUCGCCAAAAACCACAGACUAAUUCCAAAUGACCUCGACGGCGGGGCAAUACUACACUUUCUGGACUUGUUUAGAAAAGGAGUGUAUGAUGAAGAUACCACUCCUCGAUAUCAUUACGGCGAAUUGCGACUCCAACGCCUAAACUUGUAUUCCCUGUUCAAAUUCAAGCUAUACUACCGGAAAACAUAUGGCCAAUAUAGUGACCUUAUACAAGGAUUGGUCGCACCCUUUGUCUUCAUCUUUGCUAUGGUCUCUGUCGCAUUGUCCGCCAUGCAGGUGGCGCUGGCAGUCCGGCAAGGCGUUGUCGGAGGCAAUGGGGAUAGUCAUAGUUGGCAGGUUUUCGCAGCUUUAUGGUCCUCCUGGCUGUUCUUAUUCUGCUCCUGCGGGAGUUGGUCUAUGCUUUGGGCAAGGGCAGACGGGUAA